UAAAAGUGACGUCCUGCCAGGCGGGCAACGGGUAUCAUAUCCCACGCCUUUUUAACAUUUAAUACAUCCUGGUUUGACACAGCUAACGGGUUUCGGAGGUUUUCUGAGAAGGACAUUGCUACAAAGACUCAGCAAGCAUCCAGAAGGCAGAAGAAAACUAUGACUAUCAAUUUCAUAAGCCUGAUUUUCAUAUGCAUGCUGCCACUAAAAGCAAGCAGCCAGAAUGACAGCAUCACCAUGACAACAGGUGAGACAACGAGAGACUUCACUCAUGACCAGGUGACAAUGAUGUCCAACUCAACACCAUCCACCAUGCCUGAUGUAAAUCUAACCAGUACCACACCUUCACUGCCAGCAACUCAAACAAUGCCUUCUAAGACACUCUCACCAGAUAUUCACCCAACAGCAACUUCAGCCUAUUCCAUGUUGUCUCAGUCAAGCAGCACAACAUCAGCAACAAUGGUUGUAAGCAAUCAAGCCACCAAUGAAACCACACCUACACCGGCACCUCCAAUGCUAAGCAGCUCCACCCAAAGCCAAGAGGCAGGAAAGAUGUCGACUUCCCUUUUCACUAGCGAUAAAACGACCCAUUCUUCCACAAGUCUGACACAGUCUACAGACAACAUCUCUACUCCAACCUCAUCUAACAAGCCUGUAUCUACAAAUACACUCCCAGUCUCAAGUAGUGAUGCUACACAGUCCACUGGUUUAUACAAAACCUCAAAGACCACCACAAAGACACCAUUCAUCCACACCACCAAGGAAAAGGAAAAACAAGAUAAAGGAAAACAGGGGCGAAAAGGGGCCAACAAGGGAACAAACCCCGGUACAGUAGUGGCAGGGCUAAUAGGUGGAGCCCUGGUAUUGAUGAUGGUUGGAUUCCUCUUCAUCUUUAUAAAGAAACGAAAGCUUCAGAGGCAGCAGAUAACAACUAGUGACUGGGCCGGACCUUCACCAUUUCUACAGGGUGGAACUGACAAUGGCCAAAUAACACUGAGGUCAUCUAACCGAGUUUCUUUUUCCAGCUUCCUGCCUCAGAGACUAUCCAAAAGGUUGUCCUUGCUCCCAGAAACAGAUGAGGAGUUAGAAGAAAUUAGGCCAGGUACAACCUUUGGAAGUAAACAUGAAAGAAGUUCAUUUGAACAAAAGGUAGAUGAAAAUGAUGUAAAAGAAAGCAAUGGGACUGCUGCACUUGGUCCAGAAAUGAAAAGCACAGGAGAUGCCACAGAGACUGUUGAAAAUUCUGUCUCUGUGACCUCUUCACAAACGAAUGAUGCACUGUCCACCAAUGAAAAUUCAAAGACUGCAAACCUCAGUGAUCCCCCUACUCCAUCUGAAACUGUGGAAAAUGCUACGGCAAAGAAAGAUGAUGGCCUUGGGCAACUUUAAUUGAACUAAAUCUCCAAACCACCUAAUGCAUCCAGUAGACAUGCAUAAUCCCUAAGGCUCCACUUUCACUGGUUUCUAGGCAGCAAGUGCAGUGACUGUGAUCACAGGGAAGUGAUUAACUUGUCCUUGUGCAGAGGAAAUCACAACAACAAGAGAGAAGCGAUGUUGAUCUCGGUCAUUACUGCAAAAUUUGAAAAGACUUUUUAAAAAAAAAAUUGAUAACUUGGCCUUUUGAGAUUGUCAAAACCAUUGUAUUUCAACAAAAGCUGUACUAUUCCAUGUAAUUAGGUUUUAUAAUAAGUUGUAAAGGAUGUGGUCAAUUUUUCCAGGGUUUUGUUUUAUAUUCUAUGUCACUGCAUCUUCUUUUACUUUACAAAAGCAAAGUGACAAAGCACCUGUGUCAAUAUUACAUUAAUUUUGAAAGACAACUAGCCUGGUUUCAGAUUAUUUUAUCUGAAACCAAGCUAGUGAGCAGCAAUUUAGGUUUCAGAUUAUUAACAUUAUUAUAUACACCUCAAAUUUAGUAAAAGUAGAAUAUGUAUAGAUAAAAAUACAAAUUUUACAUAUUUAUGAUCUUACUCCUUAAUAAGCAAGGUGGUUUUAACAGUACCCCUGGCUAAGUUAGCUUAGUUAGCUUGAUAUGAUACAUGGUGUGAAAAUGUUUUAUUUAAUGAAAAGGAAAUAGAAGAGAUGUGUGAAUGUAUUUAGUCUUUUUGUAAAAAUCUACAAUUUGUAUAAUGAGUAAUACUGUGUCUACUGUAAAUAAUCUGUAUGCAACAACUUACAGUUAGUGAUGUAGCAGAUGUCUGGUCUUGCGGUUGUCAUAAUUUGGAUCAGAACCAGGACCACAAUGUAAAUAAGUUAUUUGAACUUUUACUGUUUUUAUCCUGUGUCAUGCUUUUUUUUUUAAUGUUUUUCCACAUUUCCAUGUUUCAUAGUGGAUUGAAUCUGUGUGUUCUCUUUGUUUGUUUUUUAGGUGGAUAUGUGGAAACCCAUCUAUGUUUUACACAUUAUCACAAAGAGUUUUUUGCUAAAUGUCUGUUUUCUUGUGACUUACAAUCUUUAGCCAGCCCAGCCAGCCAAGCUUAUUUCUUACUAUCAGUCUAUUAAAAGUGGAACAUGCUGGCUGUGAUGAGCAGGCAUUUCUUCUAUAAAUAUUUUUUCUUAAGUCUUUUCUUGCCAUGAAAAACACCUAUUAUCAGGCUACAAAGCAGCUAGUUCUGAAACUAAUGAUUAUUUGCAUUUUCAGUUACACUGUUGAUUUGUUUUUCAAUAAAUUGAUUGAAAAAUUUAUACGAAAUGCUAAAUACAAACGGCAUAUUUCUAUAUUUUAGCUUACAACUUAGCUCAUCAACAGAGGAGGCAUGAGGCAUCAGUCCAUCUCACACAAGUUACAGUUCUUUGUAUUUAUAUACGUCUUGUUUCAAAACUUUCAUAAGAAUUUUUCAAGAGCAAAUUUCCCAACAUCUGUCUUGAAGAUGACAUUUUCUCAUGACUAAUUGUAUUGUUUUGUGAAGCUUGUGCAAUAAAUCUAGAGACUCUUCUUACAAGACAAAUUUGUUUCUCUAGUGUGUCAGGGGAUGUGAGUGUGGGCACCACCAUCACAAAACAGAGACCCCCCCCCCCCCACAUGAUGUCACUUCUAGGCUAUAAGUCAUGAGAGGUCAAAGGUCAUGAGAAGAAGAAGGUGCUUUUAUUUUGAUUGCUUAUCUCAUUGCAUUGCAAUACAUACAAACAUGAUUGUUUUGGGGUUUUUUUUUUGAAAAUAUAUAUAUGUUUAAUUUGCGUUGUGUUUGAUUAAUUGUAUCUGAAAAGAAUUAUGAAUGUUGAAGGUUUGAAGAAAAAAAGCCUUGUGAAAUUGUUGGUUAUCAUAUGCCUCUCAGUGGUUGUGGCUUCUACAGGAUGUCACAAACAGGAUGUCACAAACAACAACAACAGUAUCACCAUUGGAUACCCCAACCACAUGCUAGCUGUGGUUGGGGUUGAGGGCCUUGCUCAAGGGCACCUCCAUAGUAGUAAUGAGGGAGGGGCAAGUGCUGCUUUUUCACUUUCCCCACCCAGAUUAAUCCAGAGAUUGAACCAAUAACCUUCUGGUCAUAAGCUCGCCUCUGUUGGUUUGUCUAGUGCAAUAUGUAUACUAUGUACAGUACCAGUCAAAAGUUUGGAUACAUCUCUCAUUCAAGGGAAUGGGAAGGCAUGUCCAAACUUUUUACUGGCACUGUAUACUUUUCAUUAAAAGCUGCAUACCUUUUAUUAAUUAGAAAUAAAUAAUCCUGAAUUAUCUGACUUUUUUCCUCACUUGCAAGCUGUAUGAGUUGUGUUUAAAAGGAAAAUGCACUCCUUUUAGCUCUGGUUUGGGUGAGUUUAACAUCACAUGUCAUUGGAUCCAUUGUUAACAUAAAGUGCAGCUCAGGUAG